UGAAGAAGAAGCUGUUAAAACAAGGUGCAGAACCAGGCAGCAAGACGAGUAAAGCCAUUGCGAGGAGUCUUCAGUUUUUCAGGGACAGCACACUCCCUGUCAUCAAACAGUAUGAUGAUCAAAAUCUGGCUAUUAUUCUGGAUGGGGAGAAAACUGAACAUGAUCUGAGUGAUGAGAGGUAAAGUUGCCAUAAAGUUUGAGGAUUAUAUUGUACAUGGGAAGCCAAUACACGAUGGAAGUUCUACAAGAGGUAAAGUUAUCCUGUCAAAGUUUGAGGAUUAUAUUGUACAUGGGAAGCCAAUACACGAUGGAAGUUCUACAAGAGUUAUUUCAGCUGAACAAUCACAACCAGAGUUUGAUGACUUGACAAACACAGAAGAAAUGGAGCCAUCAGCCCCACCUAUCUGUGAAGAAACUGCACCGGACAUCUACAUCAAAGAUGAAGGUCGCAAACCUGACCUCCCACAAUGUCCUAUAAUAUUUAUUGCUGGUGGCCCUGGGAGUGGCAAGGGAACACAAUGCAAAAAGAUUGCAGCACGAUAUCCAGGCAUAGUACAUCUAUCGAUGGGUGACAUUCUACGCAGCAAAAUAUCUACAAGUGGCACAGCUGAUGACAAGUGGACUAUGAUCAGCCAUCUGUUACAAGAUGGUGAGAUGGCACCAAAGGACGUUACGAUCGAAUUGCUGAUAGAACAUCUAAGAAAGAAUGCUGAUGCAAAGGCUUUCAUUGUUGAAGGUUUCCCAAGAGAUGCAACACAAGUUCAGGAAUUUAACAAACAUAUUGGUGGUGUCAGCUUUGUGAUUUUGCUGGACUGUGAGGAGUACUAUCUAAAGCAGAGACUUGUUGACCGCAGUGCACAGAGUGGCAGGAUUGAUGACAAUGAUGCGGCUAUUGCCAAGAGGUUGAGUCUCUUCAGUGAACACACGCUUCCCAUUCUCAAGCACUAUGAUGAUCAAGAACAGCUUGUUGUGAUUGCUGGUGACCGAGAUGAAUCUGAGGUGUUCUAUGACAUAGCUAAUACAUUGGAUUUUGCUUUGUAUGGGAAAAAAUCGGAAAUGACCACACAAAAGGAUGAAUCUUCUCUGAAGGAUUCAAAAGUUGUAUUCAUUGUUGGUGGACCUGGGAGUGGUAAAGGCACGCAGUGUGAGAGGAUUGUACAGAAGUAUGGUUUCACCCACCUGUCCAGCGGAGACCUCCUGCGAGCUGAAGUGCAGUCAGGAUCGGAGCGGGGCAAACAUUUAACUCAGAUCAUGGAAAGAGGAGACUUGGUUCCACUGGAAACCGUUUUGCAGCUGUUGAAAGAAGCUAUGCAGGAAAAGGCAGGUACAUGCAAGGGGUUUCUGAUAGAUGGGUAUCCUCGGGAACUUGAACAAGGCAAACGUUUUGAAAAUGAAAUUGCAGCAGCAACGUUUGUGCUAUAUUUUGAUGUAUCAGAUGAGACAAUGACAGCCCGACUGUUAGAACGUGCCAAAACAAGUGGCAGAGUGGAUGAUAAUGAAGAAACUAUCAAAAAGAGGCUUAAAACCUUUCAUGACAUCACAACUCCUGUUAUUGAUUAUUAUGAGCAGCAGGAUAAAAUCAAAAAGAUUCCUGCUGAGUCCUCCGUUGAUGAAAUAUUUUGUCAAGUCGAAAAAGUGUUUGAUGCAGAAUUUGAAUGUGUUUCUAAUACACUGAAGGAUGCCAAGAUUGUAUUUGUUGUUGGUGGUCCUGGCAGUGGCAAAGGUACACAGUGUGCAAGAAUUGUAGAGAAUUUUGGCUUCACUCAUUUAUCCAGUGGUGACUUGCUUCGGGCAGAGGUUACCUCCGGCUCGGAAAGAGGAAAAAAACUUACUGAAAUAAUGGAAAAAGGAGAACUUGUUUCAUUGGAUAUUGUUCUUCAACUUCUGAGAGAGGCCAUGGAAGCAAAGGCAUCAUGCAGCAAGGGUUUUCUUAUUGACGGAUAUCCCCGAGAACUAGAACAAGGCAAAAGAUUUGAAGACGAGAUUGCACCGGCUGAGUUUGUGCUGUACUUUGAGGUAUCUGAUGAUGUAAUGACAAGUCGAUUACUAGGCCGUGCCAAAACAAGUGGUCGUGUGGAUGACAAUGAGGAAACUAUCAAAAAGAGGCUGAAGACGUUCCAUGACAUCACUACGCCUGUCAUUGAUUAUUAUGAACAACAAAACAAAGUCAGGAAGAUAAAAGCAGAAGGAACUGUUGAUGACAUAUUUGAGGAAGUUGACAAAAUAUUUGUCAAGAAUUUUCCUGGAGUGACAGCUGACAAGACAUCUUUGAAGAAUCUGAAAGUGCUGUUUGUUAUUGGUGGACCAGGGAGUGGCAAGGGAACGCAAUGUGCAAAAAUUGUAGAGAAGUAUGGAUUUUGUCAUUUGUCAUCUGGAGAUCUUCUUAGAGCAGAAGUUUCCUCUGGUAGUGACAGAGGCAACAAACUCAAUGAAAUCAUGGAAAAAGGAGAACUUGUAUCACUGGAUGUUGUGUUAACGCUGCUGAGAGAAAGCAUGGAGGCCAAGCUGACAGAAACAAAGUGUUUUCUUAUUGAUGGCUACCCCCGGCAACUGGAGCAGGGCAAGAGGUUUGAGAAUGAAAUUGUUGGUUGUACUGCAGUUCUGUUCUUCAAUGUUUCUGAUGAAACCAUGAAGGCUCGUCUUUUGAACCGUGGCAAAACCAGUGGACGCGUUGAUGACAACGAGGAGACUAUAAACAAACGGCUACAAACAUUCCACAAUCAGACGCAGCCCGUUAUUGAUUUCUACAAUGAACAGAACAAAGUUGUUACGAUAGAGGCAGAGGCUGACAUGGAUAGUGUGUUCAAGGAUGUUGAAAAAUUCAUGGACAGUCAUCAGUGGUAAUUUGUAUCUGACUGUAACAGUUAAACCACUACAAAAUUAUAAUAUUUUUUGAAUAAAUAAAUAAUAGUAAAUAGCUGUAAAUUGGUUUAUUUAUAUUUAUUUGUCUUCCAAUGUCAUUUUAGAGAUAACUGAAUGAGAAUCUCAAAGAAUUGGAAAGAAAUGAAGACUAUCUACACAAUUGUUGUGCAUUAAUGUUGUCUUAUAGAAGACAUAUUUCUUAUUCUGUGUAUAUGUAUGUUGCCAUAAAUGAAACACACAAACUUUCAUUGUUUAAUUUCAGUGUUUGCUCAAUGUUAAAUAUGCUAUAGGCUGUAUUGUAUUAUAUUUGAUUUAAUAUUAAUUUUCUUCUACCAAUUACAAUGUUGAAUACUAUUUGAACAUUAUGAAAUUCUUAUACACUACUGAGAACAAGUGGUAUCUUUUGAUACAUAAAAUAAGAAUUGUGCUGUUUCAUACAGCAUAGUUUUACUUCUUUUGUUACACUGAGCUCUAAAUAUUUUAAUCUUUUUAUAUCGGUAUUUUACUCUUAUAUGCUUAUAAUAUAUAUUAUAUUGUAUUUUAAAUUAUUACAAACUUAUGAAACAUCAUCUUGUAUUGUGACAAUUACUUAUUUUUGCUAUACUUAAGUUAAUGCAUAAAUAUUUUCUUUAUUGUAAAGAAUUGUAAAUACAGGUUUAUUUAAUUUUAUUAGAUAAUUGCAGGUUUUGUUUUGUUUUGUUGUUUUGUUUUGUUUUUUGUUUUUUUAUAAAAGGCAUUGUUUCUUUGGUUCAUUUUUGUGCACAAUAUUUUGGCAAGUCCAGAUCCCAAUACAUGCAAAAAGCACAUCAGACUCUCUGACUUUUAUAAAAUUCGAGUCCAAUGGUCUCUUUCAAUAUGUCUGAUGAUAAUACAUCACAUAAUUAAUAUCAUAAAAGUCCUGCACUUUUCGAUCUAAUCAUGAACAAACAGACUGAAACAGUAAAUAGAAUGAUUGUUUCCUCAUGAACAAACAGACUGAAACACAGUAAAUAGAAUGAUUGUUUCCUCAUGAACAAACAGACUGAAACACAGUAAAUAGAAUGAUUGUUUCCUCAUGAACAAACAGACUGAAACACAGUAAAUAGAAUGAUUGUUUCCUCAUGAACAAACAGACUGAAACACAGUAAAUAGAAUGAUUGUUUCCUCAUGAACAAACAGACUGAAACA